GCAAUACAUUAUAACGCAAAACAGUACAGUGCAGGGGAAAGCAGUGAGUGAAGUGAGAAAUCUCAGAUUUUGUGACAAUUUUCAUGGGUGAGCUCCAUGUUUUGUUCUUCCCCAUGAUGGCUCAAGGCCACAUGAUUCCUACUCUUGACUUGGCGAAGCUGUUCGCUUCACGUGGCGUGAAGGCAACCUUAAUCACCACCCCUUUAAACCAACCCGUUUUCUCCAAAGCCGUGGAUAAGUAUACGCAGUUGGGGUUCCAAAUCCAGAUUCGUUUGCUUGAAUUCCCCGGCGUCGAGGUUGGCUUGCCGGAAGGUUGCCAGCGCACCGACCAAAUCCCCUCCGACGACGCAAUCCCCAGUUUCUUCAACGCCUGCGCUAUGCUCCAACACCCUCUUGAGCUUCUCCUGCAAGAGCUCCGUCCCCAUUGCCUCGUCGCCGAUAUGUUUUUCCCUUGGGCUACACAGGCCGCUGCUAAGUUUGAUAUCCCAAGAUUGGUCUUUCACGGAUCAAGCUACUUGGCCUUGUGUGCUACCCACACCCUUAGACAUCACAACCCUUUCAUAAACGCAACUUCUGAUUCUCAACUUUACACCAUUCCAAAUCUUCCUCACCAACUCCAACUCACCAGAUUGCAAGUUUCUCCGUUUCAACGCAGCGAGGUUGAAGCUCCCCAUACGGAAAUCUUGAAGCGCGUUAUGGAAGCGGAGGAUAUAAGCUACGGGGUGAUCUAUAACAGUUUCUAUGAGCUUGAACCAGAUUAUGCAGAGCACUACAAGAAUGUUAUUGGUAUAAGAGCGUGGUCAGUUGGGCCACUUUCCCUUUACAAUAGGGAGCUAGAAGAUAAAGCUGAAAGAGGGAAGAAAUCGUCAAUUGACGAGCAUGAAUGCCUGAAAUGGCUGGAUUCCAAGAAACCAAACUCCGUAGUUUACAUCUGUUUUGGAAGCACUGCAACUUUUGCACCAUCUCAACUCCACGAAAUGGCGAUGGGGAUCGAGGCUUCCGGGGUGGAGUUCGUUUGGGUGAUCAGAAAUAAGAGAGAAGAAGAUAACGGAUCGGAGAAAUGGAUGCCUGAAGGAUUUGAGGAGAGAACAAAAGGGAAAGGAUUGAUCAUAAGAGGCUGGGCUCCUCAAGUGCUAAUACUUGAUCAUGAAGCCAUAGGCGCAUUCGUGACUCACUGCGGAUGGAACUCAACAUUAGAAGGGGUGUCUGCAGGGGUUCCUAUGGUGACGUGGCCGGUUUUCGCCGAACAGUUUUUGAAUGAAAAACUGAUAACUGAUGUUUUGCGGACUGGAAUUGGAGUGGGCUCUAAAGAGUGGAAGAGAUCGAACAGUGACGGUGUGAAGAGAGAAGCCAUUGCAGAGGCAAUCAAGAAAGUGAUGAUUGGUGAAGAAUCCAAGGAAAUCAGGAGCAGAGCAAAGACAAUGAAAGACAAGGCAAGGAAGGCAAUUGAGGAAGGAGGAUCAUCUAACUUAGAUUUGACUUCUUUGUUGGAUGAACUGAGAGCUUACCAUGCAAAAUAGUGACCUUAAAACAACUGCAAGCCUACAGAGAAAUGGAUGCAUGCGCCACUAGUUCCAAAA